AUGUUUGCCUCACGUAUCGAACGGCGCUUCUACCAGAUCUUCUUCCGCUUGAACCAUGUGACAACCUUCUCGAACCACGCCGCGCGCAACCCCCGCCGCCUAUUGUCUUCGUCUGCAGCGAGAAGAAGUCACCGUGAUGACAUUGCCACAUUGUCUGACGAACCACGUAUAUCCUCUGAAGAAGUCGUCGAUAUUCCUGCCAUCGGCGACAGUCAGGAGAAGCUAUCUGAAGCCGAAGGACAGCUGUGGGAACCAGCGCGCCUGCGCUCCACCAUCCGCAACAUGUUCCGCAGCGUCGCACAUCCAGUGGCAAUAGUCACGGCGCUGGACGAGAGCAACGAUGGAGGCAACAGCACCGACGUGUCGUACGGCGACUUGAGCAACGACCGGGAGCAGGAGAUCAAAAAGCUGCGGGCAAUGACCGUAUCGUCACUCAACACCGUCUCUCUCGACCCGACGCCCGUCAUCAGCUUCAACGUGCGCACCCCGUCAUCGACCUGGGACGCGAUCCGCACGCAGGGUCGCUUCCGCGUCACCCUGCUGAAGGCGACGGAGCGCGCUACUCAACUAGCCACGAUGUUUGCCAAGGGCGAUUCGAGCGAGGGCUAUCGCGCCUUGCUGUCGCAAGGCGUCGAGGUCUACCUAAGCCGGCCCGGCGGCCGACUGCGACUGCUUGCUGAGACUGUGGAAUGGGAGUCCAAUGUGAACAAUGUCGAUCCGAACCCUGCGCCAUAUAUUAGGAGCAACUCUGUGGCGGGCUGUAUCCUCGCCGACGUGCUCCCGGAGAAGUGCGUGCAGGUAAACGAUCACGUCAUUGUUGUCGCAGAAGUCAACGAAGUACGUGGCGUUACGGGAGAGAUGACACAAGCAGAUGAUAUUGCACGGUCUCCCACACUUAGCUACUUCAAUCAUCAUUAUGUGAGGGUAGACCGGCCGUUGAUGGCAGAAACGGCCUGGGAAAAGAGGAGCUUGGCGGUUCUGACUGCUCCAAGAGGCCCCCACGGAUACAGAAAGUCACUCGACGAAGAACGGAAAGAGCUUGACGCUCAAGGUCGAUUCCGGAAGGUCCUUACCGAUGGCCACACGGGCGGCCUGGGAACUGUUCGCAAGGAAAGCACGGAUAACCAUGGUGAGGGCAAACAUGAUGGGGAUGUCUGGUGGAGAAACGAGUUCUCUUGA